AUGAUAUUUAAAUCAAGUAGUGGAUUUAUUUUUGGUGGUUACACUCCUUGUAAGCACAUAAAAAAUGAUGGUGGAUAAUAUAUCGCAGAUGAUACAUUAAUUUCAUUCAUCUUUUCAUAAACAAAAAACUAAAUUUAUCAUCUAAAAUCAGAUAGGAAACAAUAUGCCAUGUGGCACUAAACUAAAUAUGGGCCUGUAUUUGGUACAUAGAAUGACAAUGAUAUUCGAAUUGAUUCAAAUUUUUAAAGUGGAGGUUCUUCUUUGGGAUCGAAUUAUGAUUGUUCUCACUUUGAAAUAGAAAACAAAUCAAUUCAUCUAUUUGGUUAAUCAACACCAAAUAUUGUGGAGUGUGAAAUUUAUGAAUUAUAAUUUGUUUGA